CUGCAUUGGAACAGCAAGAAGGAAAAAAGAAUGUUCUUUGGUCAGAUGAAAAGUAUUUUUGUUUAAUUCAUCCUAAUCUAUACCAGUACGUAUGGAGAAUGCCACAUGAAGAGUUUGAUGAUGAUUGCCUUGUUCUGGCAAUUAAAUCUAAAGGGGUUAUGAUGUGGGGAUAUUUUUCUUGGUGGGGUCCUGGCCCUCUUGUCCCUUCAGGACCAAUACCCCAACGGUAA